AUGCCCUGGAGUAAAGGUCUGCGCCGCUGGGUGCCGGACGACGCAGCGCCCGCAGCCUUCCAGGCGAGAAUCACACCAGCGCCGGUGCCUCGAGCACAGGCAAACCGAGCUCCUCCCUGCUGCCGAUACUGCUGCUGCAAACCGCUCCCAAGCGGUCUGGGCCCGUGCAGUGGAAUUGGCAGCGCGGGCGUCCCCUCCCCGAUUCUCUACCGGCCACGCGGCAAGAGGCACCCCUCUUGUCUGCUGUUGGCAACGGUCACGCUCCCCGGACUGCAAGAAGCAGAGAAUCGGUCCUCUUUCACUGCGCGGCAGCAGGGCAUCAUCGACAUGGUGAGGCACUUUGUGGAGCGGGCGCGUGCUGUCGCCGUCGAGCCGACUCUCAUUGGUGUUGACUCCAAAAUGCAGACCUGCAUCCACCUUCGCGCAGCGGGGCUGCCGUGCAGGCAGGAUAGGCUCCACGGCUACUGCGGCGUGCUCCACUCGCGGCGGAGGUGGGCGCACCCAGACGCCGACCGUUCUGGGGACCGUACUGUGGCAGUGGACGCAAAGUUCUGGUACGCGCUGCACUACUUGCGUCGAGGCCACAUCGUGUUCUUUGCUGACUUGGACGUGGCAAUUGCCGCCAACCCGUUCGAGCGGAUGAGUUUGCAACACUCCCUGCAGGGGCUGAGCGAUGAUCUAGGCGCGGAGGACCCGAGCGAUCCGCUGCGCCGCAACGCGACGCGGUGCGGUGUCGACUGGUACGACGCGCCCGCAUGCCAGAGCACGGGGCUCUGGAUGGCCCAGCCGACCCAGCCAGCGGUCAAAUUCUUCGAGCAUUUCCUCGUCAAGCUACAGCGCUCCUGCGAGUGGGAGCAGAGCCUCUUCAAUCGUGCCCUUGGUGAUAUGGUCCCCUCGACAGCACCAGCCAUGCGAUGGAUCGACGCCCUCAACUAUGCGGUGUGGAGCAAGGCGGAGUACGCCAACUAUGGCGUCGCCACGGCACGUCGCGCCCUGCAGCUGCCAGCGGGACGCGUCGCUGUUCACUUCGGCUACGUCCCUCCCAGCAACAAGAGCGAGAUCAUGGCGGCCGGAAUCUGCAGCCUCGCCAACCAGCCCGCGGGUGCUGCGUACCCCGGCGAGGCUUGGACCGACGCUGAGGCGAGGGACGCCGGAUGUGCCGUCGUGUCGCAGUCGUAUCUCUACGUUGAGGGCGGUGGCGCCGUCCGACUGCCCGACCUCACCGCCGUGUCGCGCGGCGUCAUCGUGCGUUUCAACUCGGAGAUCUCCUCGCUGACCUUGGACCGGCUUGCCACUGUAUCGGGGCCGCUCUCCGUGCGAGAGAAUCCGCAGCUGGAAGUGAUUAAGAUGGGCAGCCUCGGGACCGUUCGGGGCGGCAUCACGGUAACUGGCAACGUCCAGCUAGCUUCCCUCAGGUUGCCUCACCUCGCCUCCGUCGGGGGCUAUAUCGACGUAAGCGAGAACGGGCAAAGCGGGGCGUGGCUCUGCGAGCUAGGGGAGUACGCUGGCAGUUGCUCCCAGCAAUCGUGA